GAAAAUAUUUUAAAAAAUAUAAACAGAUAGUAUAUCACACAAAUUAUAGUGAGUCAGUGUUAUUUUGUUUGAGAGUGCUGGAGAAAAGUAAAUACGUUAUUUUUUAUUAAAUUUUAGUUUUGUACUCGUAGUUAGCAAAGAUAGAUAAGUUACGCCAAUCAUGACUUUAGUUAUUAGUAGUUAAAUAUUCAAUCAUGCAAAAUUACACGAGUACUCCUCAAUAGUUUCUUUUUGAAAUGCAAUCUCCGUAAUUCGAGCUAAUUGUUGUGAAAAAUCAAAAAAUAUUUUUAAUAUACAGCUGCUGGAUUUUUUGUCUUAUUUAAAUAAUUUAAUUUUGCCCACAGAUGACUGAUGCCAUGUCCGAAUCUAAAAAGAAAUGUAGACAGUACAGUGUUGAUUAUUUGAAAUUUGGCUUCAUUCCAUCAUUACCGGACAAACAAUCGCCUAUGUGCCUUUUAUGCAACAAAGUUUUGGGCAAUGACGCUAUGAAACCAUCUAAACUGCAAAAUCAUCUGAGAAGAUGCCACCCUGAUAAAACAGAGAAAGAUUUGAAAUACUUUCAAACACUCAAAGAUAAAUUUCAGAAGAGACCUACACUGGACAGACUGUUCGCUUUGACGUCACAAAGAAAUGAUGAUGGUUUGCGGGCGUCUUACAAUAUCUCGUUACUUAUACCAAAAUCCGGAAAACCGCAUACUAUCGGAGAGAAGUUAAUUUUGCCGGCCGUUGAAGAGGUUUUAGAACUGUUUUAUACAAAUCUGCAUCUGAUAUCAUUAAAAGAAUUCCCUUAAGCAACAAUACUGUUGAAAGACGUAUUGAUGAAAUGAGUUCUGAUAUUGAAAGCUUCUUAUGUAAUUAUUUGCAAACGACCCAUUUCUCUAUACAACUGGACGAGUCAACUUUCCCGGAUAAUGCAGCAUUAUUAUUAGCAUAUGUUCGUUUUAUUAUGAAUCAAGAAAUCUACGAAGAACUGCUCUUCGCAAGAACUUUGAU